AGCCUGCGCCCCUCGCCGGGCGCCUCACUCACCCAGCGCCGCGCCGGGGUCCUGUACGGUCACUGCGCUGCGGCUCCCCGCCUUAGGGAUCCUCACGCGGUUCCAUGGUUCCGGGCCCGGCAGCAGCGCAGCCAUCUUGGGAGGCAGGAGAGGGACUGGGAAAGGCGGACCUGGGCGAGGCCCAGUGGAGCGACCGAAGGAGGGGCGAUGAGCCGACGUCCGGGGAAGGCUAUGGUGAUGGUAGAAGAUACUGCCAUUGAAAUUGGCUCCAUGAUUUCAGUGAAAACGAUGGGAUCCCAGAAUGACAACGGUCAAGUGGCAACAAUUAACUACAAGAGACAGGAGACAAGUAUGCUGCUGCAAUCACCUGGGCCAGCUUCCUCACCAGACAUGAUCCUUGACUUUGAAUGGAUGGUGGUGAGAAUGAGCAGAUUGCUGUCAUCCUUCCACAGCUGGAAAUUGUGGCUCCAGAAGCCAAUCUCAGGUCUUCUGAUUCCAAGAUCCAUGAUUUCACAGUUGCUGCAGGAACCCUGGCAGUCAGUGGGAAUGCAGAUAACAACUACCCACUACCUACCAUAUUCCAGAAGUUGUGCAAUGAUGUUUAAGGCCCAGGACCCGGCUUCAAGAGUUUCACAUCAAGUAUCAGGCUAAGCACUGGAGGUACAAAGAUGAAGCAGGGAUCGCCUUUGUGCUUGAAGAUAUUCCAGUCAAGAGGAGAAGUCAGAUGGACCCACAGUUACCACUACAAUGCUCAUGAUAGAUGCUGUAAUAAAGGCCCAGAACAAGCUUCCUGCAACCCAUGACCCAUGAAGUCUUGUCAACAUUCACACCAUCUGAGGGUAUCAGCAAUGAAGUAGAAGAAGCAGAUGAGGUUUUCUGCCCAUAGUCUAAUAUCUCUAGCCUAUUGGCUUUGUGCACCAGAAGCCUUGGAAGUGAAUGCUCCUGUUUCCUCUCCGGUCACUGUUACCAUUUUACUUUGUUGUUUACCUGCGUGGCUAUAGCCCUGGCCAUAGACUGUAAUUAGAAACAGAGUGUAGCAGGGGAUUGCGGUGCCUCUUUGAGUGACUCCUUUGGCUUAUGGGACGUUGACACACCAUGCCGCGUGGGAUGAUGAAAACGCAGAGAGGAAAGAGGCCCAAGGUCACACUUGCUUGCCUCCUCUUGGCCAUGGCGGGCUGCUUCGCGAACCUGAACGAGGUCCCUCAGGUCACUGUCCAGCCUUCUUCCACCGUCCAGAAGCUCGGAGGAACCGUGAUCCUGGGCUGCGUGGUGGAGCCCCCCUGGAUGAACACCACCUGGCGCCUGAACGGGAAGGAGCUGAAUGGCUCGGAUGAUGCCCGGGGCGUCCUCAUCACCCGCGGGACCCUCGUCAUCACUGCCCUCAGCAACCACACUGUGGGACGGUACCAGUGUGUGGCCCGGAUGCCUGCAGGGGCUGUGGCCAGCGUGCCAGCCACCGUGACACUAGCUAAUCUCCAGGACUUCAAGUUAGACGUGCAGCACGUGAUUGAAGUGGAUGAGGGGAACACGGCGGUCAUCGCCUGUCACCUUCCUGAGAGCCACCCAAAAGCCCAGGUCCGAUACAGCGUCAAACACGAGUGGCUGGAGGCCUCCAGAGAUAACUACCUGAUCAUGCCAUCGGGGAACCUCCAGAUUGUGAACGCCAGCCAGGAGGACGAGGGGAUGUACAAGUGCGCUGCCUACAACCCAGUGACGCAGGAAGUGAAAACCUCGGGCUCCAGUGACAGGCUGCGCGUGCGCCGCUCCACUGCCGAGGCUGCCCGCAUCAUCUACCCACCAGAGGCCCAGACCAUCAUUGUCACCAAAGGCCAGAGUCUCAUCCUGGAGUGUGUGGCCAGUGGGAUCCCACCCCCGAGGGUCACCUGGGCCAAGGACGGGUCCAGUGUCGCCAGCUACAACAAGACACGUUUCCUGCUGAGCAACCUUCUCAUCGACACCACCAGUGAGGAGGACUCCGGGACCUACCGCUGCAUGGCUGACAACGGGGUUGGGGAUCCCGGGGCCGCGGUCAUCCUCUACAACGUCCAGGUGUUCGAACCCCCCGAGGUCACCAUGGAGCUGUCCCAGCUGGUCAUCCCUUGGGGCCAGAGCGCCAAGCUCACCUGUGAGGUGCGAGGGAACCCCCCGCCCUCCGUGCUGUGGCUAAGGAACGCCGUGCCCCUCACCUCCAGCCAGCGCCUCCGACUGUCCCGUAGGGCCCUGCGGGUGGUCAGUGUAGGGCCCGAGGAUGAAGGCGUCUACCAGUGCAUGGCCGAGAAUGAAGUCGGGAGCGCCCACGCUGUGGUCCAGCUGAGGACCGCCAGGCCGGGCACCACCCUGAGGCCAUGGCGGGUUGCUAAGCCGGCCACUGCCACACCUCCUGUGCCGCCCCCCGGACCCGGAAGCCCUGACCAGAUGCCGAAGGGCCAGCCAGGGCCCCUGAGGCCGCCGGCGUCGGCGCAGCCAGCCCCCUUGCCGUGCCUGGGAGAGCAGGGGCAGGCGGCUCCCGCCGAGGCACCCGUCAUCCUCAGCUCGCCCCGCACCUCCAAGACUGACUCGUACGAGCUGGUGUGGCGGCCUCGGCACGAGGGCAGCGGCUGGGCACCGAUCCUCUACUAUGUGGUGAAACACCGCAAGCAGGUCACAAACUCCUCUGACGACUGGACCAUCUCUGGCAUUCCAGCCAGCCAGCACCGCCUGACCCUCACCAGACUCGACCCUGGGAGCUUGUAUGAAGUGGAGAUGGCAGCCUACACCUGUGCAGGCGAAGGCCAGACGGCCAUGGUCACCUUCCGAACUGGACGGCGGCCCAAACCUGAAAUCAUGGCCAGCAAGGAGCAGCAGAUCCAGAGAGAUGACCCCGGAGCCAGCCCCCAGAGCAGCAGCCAGCCGGACCACGGCCGCCUGUCCCCCCCAGAAGCUCCAGACAGGCCCACUAUCUCCAUGGCCUCUGAGACCUCAGUGUAUGUGACCUGGAUUCCGCGUGGGAACGGCGGCUUCCCCAUCCAGUCCUUCCGAGUGGAGUACAAGAAGCUGAAGAAAGUGGGGGACUGGAUUCUGGCCACCAGCGCCAUCCCUCCCUCCCGGCUCUCGGUGGAGAUCACAGGCCUAGAGAAAGGCACCUCCUACAAGUUCCGAGUCCGGGCUCUGAACAUGCUGGGGGAGAGCGAGCCCAGCGCCCCCUCCCGGCCCUACGCUGUGUCAGGCUACAGCGGCCGCGUGUACGAGAGGCCCGUGGCAGGCCCUUACAUCACCUUCACCGAUGCCGUCAAUGAGACCACCAUCAUGCUCAAGUGGAUGUAUAUUCCAGCAAGUAACAACAACACCCCAAUCCAUGGCUUUUAUAUCUAUUACCGACCCACGGACAGUGACAAUGAUAGUGACUACAAGAAGGAUAUGGUGGAAGGGGAUAGAUACUGGCACUCCAUCAGCCACCUGCAGCCAGAGACCUCCUAUGACAUUAAGAUGCAGUGCUUCAACGAAGGAGGGGAGAGUGAGUUCAGCAACGUGAUGAUCUGUGAAACCAAAGCCCGGAAGUCUUCUGGUCAGCCUGGUCGACUCCCACCCCCAACUCUGGCCCCACCUCAGCUACCACCCCAUGAAACCAUAGAGCGGCCGGUGGGCACAGGGGCCAUGGUGGCCCGCUCCAGUGACCUGCCCUACCUGAUUGUCGGGGUCGUCCUGGGCUCCAUCGUCCUCAUCAUCGUUGCCUUCAUCCCCUUCUGCUUGUGGAGGGCCUGGUCUAAGCAAAAACAUACAACAGACCUGGGUUUUCCUCGAAGUGCCCUUCUGCCCUCCUCCUGCCAAUACACUAUGGUACCACUGGGAGGGCUCCCAGGCCACCGGGCCAAUGGGCAGCCCUACCUCAGUGGCACCAGCGGACGGGCCUGUACCAACGGGGUACAUGUGAACAGGGCCUGCCCUGCAGCUGCCAUGGGCUACCCGGGCAUGAAGCCUCAGCAGCGCCGCCCAGGGGAGCUUCAGCAGCAGGAUGACACCUACAGCACGCUGAGGCAGACCGUUCUUGGCAGUGGAUGUGACCCCCCCAGUCACCAGAUCCCCAGGGCUCCCAAGUCUAACCCGGACGAGGGCUCGCUCUUAUACACACUGCCCGAUGACUCAGCUCACCAGCUGCUCCAGCCUCGGCAGGGCUGCCACCGCCUCCAGGAGCAGCCAGCAGCCACGGGCCAGCCCGGCAUGAGGCGUGUACCCCAGGGUGCUGGGCUGGAAGCCACGUGGGACCCUCUUUUCCACCCAGGGCCCCGGUGCUGCUUGGGCCUCGUACCGGUUGAAGAGGUGGCCAGUCCUGACUCCUGCCCUGCGGGGAGAGGAGACUGGUGUCCCCAGCACCCCGUGGGGGCCUACGUAGGGCAGGAACUUGGGAUGCGGCUCUCCCCCAGCCCACCAGUUCACGUGUCUUUCGAAACACCACCUCCUACAAUUUAGGCAGAAGCUGAUAUCCCAGAAAGACACUAUAUAUUGUUGUUUGUUUCUUUAAGAAAGAGAGGAAAUUGGUAUUUAUUUUUCUAUAAUAGCCAUAUUUAUAUAUUUAUGCACUUGUAAAUAAAUGUAUAUGUUUUUAUAAUUCUGGAGAGACAUAGGGAAUCCUCCCCUCUUGAGGUCUGAGGUGGGAAGCAAAGAAGCCGCAACGGAACAGGAGUCAACGGGGAAAGAGCAGCACAGACUGAGGAGGCAGCCCAGCCCGUCCCUUAGACCCUCCGCCGCUGCCUGGGCCCCUGCAGGAGGCCCACAGAGAAGCCCGUGGAAGGAGGACUCCUAGGCACACUGUCCACAGUGACUGCAAGGGAAGGGCCAGGGCCAUGCGAUCAGAGGCUGCAGCCACCCGUGACAGUGGCUGGAUCUGGUGCUACAGGAAACGUUUUCCCAAGAUGCCCGUGAGACUAGACUAAGAUGUGUAUAGUACUAUAAGCAUUAACAAACCUUCCAGAAUCAAUAAUCUGUGGCAACAUAGCUCUGUAAAAAUAAACACUGUGAUGUCUAAAUAAAUGUUUAGUCUUCCCUGUAACCUACAGCUUAGUCAUGU